CAGUACUCAAAAGGCCUCGAAAAAUCGCCUCCAGGUUAAAGAGGAGAAGGAAUUUGUCUCCAGGAAACUCCAAUACGGAAUCUCCAACACGGCACAUCAUUUUUGCUGUCUCUUUGUGGAUAUUCACACCGGGCAGAGGCUGGCUAUCUACUGAACUUCUGGGAAAGGAUUCACUUGGUCAUCUGAAGAAAUGGCUCACCUGCAAGUUCACACCGGGGAGCUGCUGUUCACCUGCUCAGACUGUGGGAAGAGAUUCACUCGGUCAUCCAACCUACAGAGUCACCAGCGAGUUCACACUGGGGAGAGGCCGGUCACCUGCUCAGACUGUGGGAAGGGAUUCACUUGCUCAUCUAAACUGAAGGUACAUCAGCGAGUUCACACUGGAGAGAGGCCGUUCACCUGCUCAGACUGUGGGAAGGGUUUCACUUGCUUAUCCCAACUGAAUGUACACCAGCGAGUUCACACCGGGGAGAGGCCGUUCACCUGCUCAGAGUGUGGGAAGGGAUUCAUUCGGUCAUCUGACCUGAUGGCUCACCAGCGAGUUCAUACCGGGGAGCGGCCAUUCGCCUGCUCAGUCUGUGGGAAGGGAUUCACUUGUUCAUCUAAACUGAAGGUACAUCAGCGAGUUCACACUGGAGAGAGGCCGUUCACCUGCUUAGACUGUGGGAAGAGAUUCACUCAGUCAUCCGACCUACAGAGUCACCAGCGAGUUCACACUGGGGAGAGGCCGUUCACCUGCUCAGACUGUGGGAAAGGAUUCACUUUGUCAUCUCACCUACUGACACACCAGCGAGUUCACUCUGGGGAGUUCACCUGCUCUGAAUGUGGGAAGGGAUUCACUCAGUCAUCCCACCUACAGAGACACCAGUCAGUUCACACUGGGGAGAGGCCAUUCACCUGCUCAGACUGUGGGAAAGGAUUCACUCAGUCAUCCGACCUACAGAAUCACCAGCGAGUUCACACUGGGGAGAGGCCGUUCACCUGCUCAGACUGUGGAAAAGGAUUCACUCAGUCAUCCACCCUACGGAGUCACCAGCGAGUUCACACUGGGGAGAAGCCAUUCACCUGUUCAGAAUGUGGGAAGGGAUUCACUUACUCAUCUAAACUGAAGGUACAUCAGCGAUUUCACACUGGAGAGAGGCCAUUCACCUGCUCAGACUGUGGGAAGGGAUUCACUCAGUCAUCCGACCUACAGAGUCACCAGCGAGUUCACACUGGGGAGAAGCCAUUCACUUGCUCCGUCUGUGGGAAGAGAUUCACUCAUUCAUCCAACCUGCAGAGACACCAGCGAGUUCACACUGGGGAGAAGCCGUUCAUUUGCUCAGACUGUGGGAAGGGAUUCACUCAGUCAUCCCACCUACAGAAACACCAGUCAGUUCACACUGAGGAGAGGCCGUUCACCUGCUGUGGAUUCAAUCGAUACGUGGGUAUCCAGAGUCCCGACGAAGGGUCUUGGCCUGAAAUGUUGAUUCCCAUCCAUAGAUGCUGCCUGACAUGCUGAGCUGCUCCAGCACUUUGUGUGUAGUUCUCUAGAUUUCUAGCAUCUGCAGGUCCUCUUGUUUCCCAGAUACUUACUCUAUAUGUUUCUUGAGAGAACAAGCCAAGAACAAGCUGGUGGUGGGGUUGUGUGGCUCUGUUGGUAAAAUAUUAAAUAAAAUCAUUAGAAAGAGGUGGCAUAGGGUUGGAAGGUGUAGAAUCUGUGGGUAGGAUUAAGGAACAGCAAAUUUAAAAUAAAAAUCCCUGAUGGGAAUUGUAUAGAGACCACCAAACAGUAGUAAGUAUGUGGUCCACAAAUUACAAUGGGAGAUACAAAAUGCCUGCCAAAAGGGCAGUAGUCAUGGGGGAUUGUCAUGCAGGUGAUUGGGAAAAUUAGGAUGGUGUUGGUCUCAAAAGGAGGAAUUCCAAGAAUGCCUGCAAAAUGCUUUUUUAGAGCAGCUCGUGGUUGAGCCCACUUGGGGAUCAGCUAUUCUGGAUUGGGUGUUGUAAUGAACCAGAAUUAAUUCGGUCACUUAAGUUUAAAGAACCCUUCGGGACAAGUGAUCUUAAUCUGAUCAAAUUCACCCUGACAAUAGAGAAGGAGAAGCUAAAGUCAGAUGUGGAAUAAAGAGAAUUAGAGAGGCAUGAGAGUAGAAUUAGUCAAAAUUGAUUUGAAAGGAACACGGGCAGGGAUGAAAACAGAGUAGCAAUGGCUGGAAUUUCUGGAAGCAAUUCAGAAGGCACAGGAUAUACACAUCACAAAGAGGAAGUAGUAUUCUGAAGGUAAGGUCACAAAACCGUGUCUGAUAAGAGAAACUAAAGACAACAUAAAAACCAAAGAGAGGGCAUAUUGCAAAAAUUACCAGCAAGUUAGAGGAUUGGGAAGCUUUUAAAAACCAACAGAAUGCAACUAAAAUAAUUAAGAAGGAAAGGAUGGAAUACAUAGGUGAGCUAGCCAGUAAUAUUAAAGAGGAUACAAAAUUUUUCUUCAGGUACGUAUAGUAAAAGAGAGGCGGAAGUGGAUAUCAAACCACUGAAAAAUGGUGCUGGAGAGGUAGUAAUGGGGUGGGGGUGCAAGUUGAUGGCAGAUGAACAGAAUAAGUAUUGUACAUCACUCUUAUCUGUCGAAGACACUGGCAGGAAUAUGGAAUUCCCAGAUGUCAGUGGUCAGAAUGUGUAAAGUUACAUUAUUCGGGAGAAGGUUCUUGGGAAACAAAGAUGGUCUGAAGGUAAGCAGGUCACCUGGACCAGAUGGUGUACACCCCAGAGAUCUGAAAGUGGUGGCUGAAGAAAUGUGGAGGCAUUAGCAAUACUCUUUUGAGAAUCGUUAAGGAAAUUAUAUCCUAAGAAGUUUUUUCCUUCACUACUCCCUCUCUCUCAGUUUCACCUAUCACCUACAACUUCUUCCACCCCUUUCACCCCCACACUUCUUGCUCUGAUGUCUCAUCUUUUUUUUCCCAGUCCUGAUGAAGGGUCUCGGCCUGAAACAUCGACUGUUUACUAUUUCCCAUGUAAGUAGCAGUAUAAGACCAUAAGACAUAGGAGUAGAAUUAGGCCAUUCAGCCCAUCGAGUCUGCUCCGCUGUUCUAUCAUGUCUGAUCCCGGUUCUCACUCAACCCCAUGCACCUGCCUCCUUGGCAUAUCCUGUAAUGCCCUGACUGAUCAGCAAACGAUUAGCUUCUGCCUUAAAUGUACCCACAGACUUGGCCUCCAUCGCCGUCUGUGUCAGAGAAUUCCACAGAUUCACUGCUCUCUGACUAAAUAAAAUCCUCCUUAACUACUCUAAAAUGUUGCUCCUCAGUGUUGAGGCUGUGCCUCCUGUUAUGGCUACCCCCACCAUACGAAAAGUCCUCUCCUCAUCCAUACUAUCUAGACCUUUCCACCUUCGGUGGGUUUCAGUGAGAUUUACCCCCCCCCCCACCACCCACAUUUAUUAAACAUAGGUCAGUGCAGGAGUACAGACCCAAGGCUGGCAAACACUCCUCAUAUCUUAACCCCUUCAUUCCCGGAUCAUCUUCUUGAACAUCCUCUGAACUCUCUCCAAUGACAACACACAUUUUCUAGGGUAAGGACAUGUUCAGCACAGCUUUGUGGGCUGAAGGGCCUGUAUUGUGUUGCAGGUUUUCCAUGUUUCUAAGGUGCUGCACGUGAAGCUGCUUAACAAGGUCACAGGAAAGAUACUAGUAUGGAUAGAAGAUUGGCUGACUGACAAGGGAGAAAGAGUCAGAAUAAUGUGGAGAAUUCUGUUUUGCUGUCGGUACUAAUGGUGCUCCAUAGGGGUCAGUAUUGAGACAGCAUCUUUUCAUGUUAAAUCUGAAUGAUAUGGAUGAUGGAAUUGAUACCUUGGUGAUGAACUUUGCAGUUGAUACAAUGAUAAGUACGGUACAGGUAGUUCAGAGCAAAGCGGCAGUCUGCAGGACUUCGAUAGGUUUGGAGAACAGGCAACGAAGUAGCAUAUGAAAUGCAGUGUAUGUAAGUAUACACUGGUAGAAGGAAUAAGGGCGUAGAAAAAAAAAGUAAAUGAGAGAAAAUUAAAAAAUAAGAGGUGCAUAGGUACUUGUGAGUCCUUGAGCAGGAGACCCUAAAGGUUUGCUUGCAGAUUGAGUUGAUUAAGGAUGACAACUGUAAUGUUAGCAUAUAAGAGCAAGGAUGUGACACUGUAGCUUUAUAACGCAUUGGUCAGAUCACUCUUGGUGUAUUGUGAGCAGUUUCCGACCUCCAAUCUGAGAAGAAGAUGUGCUCGUAUUGGAGCAGGUCCGGAGAAGGUGCACAAGAAUGAUUCCAGGAAUGAAAGGGUUAACAUAUGAGGAGCAUUAGAUGGCUUUUACCCUGUACUCGCUGGUCUAGAAGAAAGAGAGGGGAUCUCAUUGAAACCUAUUAAAUAUUGAAGGGCCUCGAGAGAGUGGUUAUGAAGACGAUGCACCCUAUACUGUGAGUCUGGGACCAGAAGCCACGGCCUCAAUAUAUAGGGCAUCCACUGAGAGCAGAGAUAAGGAAGAAUUUCUUUAGUCAGGGAGUGAUAUACCUUUGGAAUUCAUUGCCACGGACGGAGUAGAGGCCAAGUCAUUGAGUGUAUUUUAAAUGGAUGUCCAAAGAUCAUGGGAGGAAAGCAGGAGAGUGGAGAGAGAUAACCAAUUGGACAUGAAGGAAUGACGGAGCAGGAGCAGAUUCGAUUGGCUGAGUGGCCUCUGUCUCAUAUCUCAUGGCUCAUGGCCUGAAGAAGAGGCCAGUGAGGUUGCAUUAGAGUUAGGGUAUCCACACCUGGAUUAUUGUAUUCAAUUUUGUUCAUUUUGCUACAGGAGAGAGGACGUCAAACUGGAAUGAGUGCAGGGGAGAUUUACGAGAAUGGUGCCGGUACUCGAGGAACUGAGUUCUGGAGAGAGGUUGGGCAGGUUGGGACUUCACACCUUGAAGUGCAGGAGAUUGAGGCUGACCUUAUGCAGGUGUUCCAAACCAUGAGUGUACAGAAAUAUGGAAUGUGUGCAGUCCUUUUCCCCACUUUUGUGGAAUCAACAAACAGAGGGCACCGGUUUAAGGUGAGAGAGGAUUGAUUUAAUAGGGAUCCCAGGGGAAAAUUAUUAAUCUACUCUCCCUUCCGGCUCAUUGUUUAACUAACUCGAUGAGUGCACUCUCAGGUUGGAGGAGCAACACCUCAUAUUACAUCCGGGUAGUUUACAACCCGAAGGCAUGAACAUCGAGAUCUUUAACUUCUACCUCCACCUCUUCUUUUCAUCAACCCACACACCCGUCUCCUCCAUUCUGUCUCCCCACUUCUCUCUUCUCCACUGCGGAUCGUCUCCCUCUGGUUCCUCUUUUACCUCCUUUUUUCCCGUUGUCCACUCCCCUAUCCUAUCAGAUUCCUUCUUUUCAGCCCUUUGCAUUUUCCACCUACCACCUCGCAGUGUCUCACUUCAUC